AUGGCUGGAAAGCGUAAACGAGCCUCCUCCGAUAACGCUGCGAGUGCUGGCGACAACACCGAGAUGGAAGAGGCCCCGGUAGCGGUACUCUCAGAGUGCCCAUUCAAGAUUGAAUACAAGUCUCCCGCGAUCAAGAAGGCGAUAGUCAAAAAGGCCAAGCAGGCUGCCGCAAAGCGCCAGAAGUCCACCGUUACAUCUGGGGAAGCGCCGCCAAAACAGGAACUAGAUCAGACGGUACCCGAGGAUAUGCCUGCAACUAUUUUCACCAUCAAUCCGAAGAAGCAAUGGGAUACUUUGAAGAAGUAUCGACAUUUCGUUGUGGGAACCGAGAGCUUUGCGCUCCAGGAAUAUAUUUUCGUCAAUCACGAUAACAUUCCACACGGAAUUGACAUCACAAAUAUGGACGAUCAUAAAUUCUGGGUAGCCCGAGUCCUUGAGAUUCGAGCUAUCGACGAGGCGCAUGUCUAUCUGCGUGUGUAUUGGCUGUACUGGCCCGAGGAGCUUCCAGGUGGCAGAGCGCCAUAUCAUGGGAAGAAGGAACUAAUUGCCAGUAACCAUAUGGAGAUCAUCGAUGCGAUGACAGUUUCUGGAAGGGCGAACGUCAAGCAUUGGCUAGAGUUGGAUGACGAAGAGGACUUGCCAGAUCUAUUCUGGAGACAAAAGUUCGACUUCCCGUCAGGAACUUUAAUGGAGGUCCGCGAACAUUGCAGGUGCCAUGGCUACUAUAACCCCGACAAGAUGAUGCUUGGGUGUACACAUUGUAAGAACUGGCUGCAUGAGGAGUGCAUAGUUAGCUCUGUGCAGGAAUAUAUCAACGAGGCCCUUAUCGCCGGCCAGGACCCUAUGUUGCCCACAGUGGCUCUCACCUCUGCUCCUGAGCCUACGGCCAAUGACGAGGAUAAAAUCGUCACUGCACCACCAGAAGCGACAUUGAAAAAGGGUCGCGGCCGUAAGUCACUCAUGGAGGCAGCUGUUUCCGCCGCCCCAGCGACGCCAACAACCCCAGCGAAUGGGAAAAAGGGGGGCAAGGGAAAGGGAGGCAAGACAGCAACCCCGGCAAAACAAUUGAAAGAGGUGGAGGAGAAAUUUGAAGUCACCGUGCGCUCAGAUAGCGGGAGUAACCCGGUGGUUAUCGUAAAGGACCUUAGGGAUGGAGCGGCUGGCGCCACACGGGAGGUGAGCGUAGUGUGCUUGCUGUGUCAUAAUGUUGUAAGUUAG